CAUGCCCACAUUAUCCAAACAAAUUUUGUAUGGCAGUAGGCCUACUUUAUAGUUUUUGUCAGUCCUCAAGUUUAUAACGCGAAGACUAUGGAAAUAAAAUUGUAAUAUCUUAUUUAAUAACAUUUGCACUUUCAGUGAGUGCAUGGUUGCCAUGAUACUCAGAUGAGCCAUUAUGGUUUUAUGGACUACAACAUUGUGAAUCGUCAGGCUCCCUUGAAACUACAGUAGCUAGUGUGCACCGUCCGUUGCCAUUUAUGGUGGGAGAGGUUAGCUAGCUAGGGAUUGACGUUUCCGGAGGUUCAUUGAAGUCAGCUAUCUAGUGAGGUGGCGGGGAGACAAAACACGACUUUUGUGCCGUCGAGUGAAGUAACCCCACCAUGCGUGAAUACAAGCUAGUGGUUUUAGGCUCAGGAGGUGUAGGCAAAUCUGCACUGACUGUCCAAUUUGUACAGGGUAUUUUUGUGGAAAAAUAUGACCCCACAAUAGAAGACUCCUACAGAAAGCAAGUUGAAGUGGAUGGGCAGCAGUGCAUGCUUGAAAUCCUUGACACAGCUGGAACAGAGCAGUUCACAGCGAUGAGGGACUUGUACAUGAAGAACGGUCAAGGCUUCGCUCUUGUAUACUCCAUCACGGCGCAGUCCACAUUUAAUGAUCUACAGGACCUUCGGGAACAGAUCCUGAGAGUAAAGGACACUGAGGAUGUCCCCAUGAUCCUGGUGGGCAACAAGUGUGACCUGGAGGAUGAGCGUGUGGUGGGCAAGGAGCAGGGUCAGAACUUGGCCAGACAGUGGAACAACUGUGCCUUUCUAGAGUCCUCAGCUAAAUCAAAGAUCAACGUUAAUGAGAUUUUCUAUGACCUGGUCAGACAGAUCAAUAGGAAAACACCGAUAGAAAGGAAGAAGGAAAAGAAGUCAAAUUGCACACUGCUCUGAAGCUCCCCCUUACAGCAGCUCUGAGCCAAGAAGCUGCAAUACAAUACUGGUGCCCAGUUGGAAGGUGCCAGCAUUUCAAGCCCUUUCAAUAACGAAUGGAGAUGUUUGACAAUAGCAGAAAAUUUAAUUCUCUACUUCACCACUCUAAUAAUGGAGGAUUCUUCAUGGAUACUCUUUGCUUUGUAAUGGUUAAGAAAUCCAGACCUUUUUCUCUCUUUUUAAUUUUGUCAAUGGGACCGCCUUGUGAUGAAGAGUUUUCCCUUUCCCCUGUUUUAUAAAUUACAAUUUAUAACAAAGAAGACUACCAAGCAAUUUAUUGUGGAUUUGGACAAUUAGGUUGUUUGCAGAUAUUUUCAUAUCUUUGGCUCAUUUCAAAAUGUUUGCAAAAUAAAUCAUGGUAAAUAUUGGCCCUUUUCAUUACCUUACCCAUCUGCACUAAUUGUGUCAACAGUAAUGCAUCAACUUCCAUGUUUUCUUUCUCCUAUUACUUUUAAGAAGUUGUAUUCAUCAAAUAACAUAUUUACUAAGUGACUGUUUUAUUUGGGAAGCUGCAAGGCUUUCGUUUUUCCCAUAAUAUAUUCUUGUUUUGUUUUUUUGAAUAAUGAAGCUGUGGGAAGUGUGUUUUAUAGAAUAGGGGAAAUAAGGAGACUUGAUUUCUGUCUUGAGGUUGAAAAUAUGUUGUACUAAACCAACUCUAUUGUGUCUUGUUACCUUGUCGCAAAUGAUUUUCCAGCUUUUAUGAAUGAUAAAAAAUGUACAUUUUCAUUA